UGCAAAUAAAAAGUUCGAAGGAGGAAAUAGGAAGUCGUUUACGAAAAACCAAGCACAAAGAAGAUAAACGGACAAUUUAAGACAUAAGACAAUGGCGGGUAUUAAAGCGCUGGUUGGGUUGUCCUUCAGUGGAGCUAUUGGCUUGACGUUUCUCCUGUUGGGCUGUGCACUGGAGCAGUAUGGGGUGUACUGGCCUCUAUUCGUCCUCAUCUUCUACGUACUCUCUCCGAUCCCCACCUUCAUAUCCAGAAGGCUCAGUGAUGACAGUGAUGCCACCAGCAACGCAUCCAGAGAGCUAGCAUACUUCUUCACUACGGGCAUUGUGGUGUCUGCGUUCGGGCUUCCCAUCAUACUGGCCCGGGUUGCAUUAAUCCAGUGGGGGGCCUGUGGCCUGGUGAUGGCCGGCAACGCUGUCAUCUUCCUCACAAUCCUGGGCUUCUUCCUGGUGUUCGGAGGGGGAGACGACUUCAGCUGGGAGCAGUGGUAGACCGUCUGUGGAUCUCUGGCACAAUCCCAAAUGGACCCCUACACCCUAUGCACUUGUGGAGAUCUGAGAUUUGACAGGUGUAAGUAAUAUGGUAAUAGCUUCACCUUGCCCUCUGAUAGGCUAGCUAGGUGGAAGUUUCACCAUAUUGUUUAAACCAAUCAAAUAUACUCUGAUCUCUGCAAGUGUGUAGGGUCUAGGGAUCGAUUGGGUCACAGGGACAGAGGGCGUCAGUCAUUCCUUUUAACAACAAGGUUACAGUGGUGGACGACAAAUAUGAUAAACAAAAAGCUACUACCGCCUAACGUCGCUACUAACUGACGUUUUAAGAAGUUGAUGCUGACUAUUUAAUGUCCUAAUGAGAAAGGGAUUGGUUGGUGAGAGAGGGUGACACUGAACAGUGUGUCUGGGAUGUUAAUGGACAAUGACACUGCGAUGUCUGUCCUUUCUCCUUUUUCGCUGACACCUGAUCAGUUUUUAUAGUACUCGCUCCAUUAUUCCCUUCAACCCUUUUGCCUGUUCUCUCCCCUAUGCUGAGGGAGAGUCAUUGAAAAGCAGUGUCCCGUCCAGAAACCGCCUCUACCCCCCCUAGGAACUUGUCGAUCUCUGUGAGAAGACUGGAUAGGUGUAAGCAUAUGGUGAAAUAUCACCAAGUGCAGCUAUUAACUAUCCAAGUCUUUAACAUCUACUCCAGUGUCUAGGGCAUAGGGUCUAGAGUGGUUGUUUCUGGACAAGGCCCACCUCUCUACAUUCAUAUCUAUAAAGCCAGAGGCUAGUUUCAGGAUCGUAACAACUUGUACAUGUAGAGGGAUACUGUUUCUACUUCAUUUAGGGAUUAUUCUGUUUGUUUGUGAAAAGAUAUCUUGCUAAUUUUAAGCGUAAGCUUUUCAAAUGAUCUACUCAUUCUUGCAGUUGAUUACGUGUGUACCUUUUUGUUUGUGGUUGUAUGUAUCCAUAUCUAUUUUAUAUGAUCACUUUGGGUGUGACUACAUAACCAGGUCAAGGUUUCUGUAGUUUGUCGUUUUCAACAUUUUGCUCCAAGACAAAAAAGCUUUAUUUCAGGCCCUUAUGGGAAUAUUUCCACCAAUACCAAAGGCCAUUUAAGAAAAUAAGGUAGACAUGAUUCAUUCCCCCAACUAUGGUUUCUGAUGUCUAUGAUUAGUAAAGACGUCAUUCAAAUUAAUUAUGAAAACACCAUUAUUAUGUUAUGCCAUUAUAAGCUGUUUUUUCCCCCACUGAGGACAGAAGCCAAAAUGGGGGUUUGUGAAUCAUGGUCUACAUUUGUAAAGGAAUGUUGAUUUCACACAUGGAAUGUAAACACUAUAUAUUUUGAGGUUUUUAGACCAGAUCUGUUUGUGUUCAAAUGAAGUGCCCACGUUUCUAUUCACCAACAAACUAAUUCACAAGUGCCUGUUAAAUAUCAAUUUUUUACUUAUUCAAAAUGUUUUUAUAGAACUUAUAAAAGUCACUUUUUACAUUCUAUAUUGGUAAAGCCUGAGAACUCAUAGUACAUUAUAGAAUUAUGUUUUGAGAUAUUGCAAUUGGUGACCAAAUGUAACCAGACUACUUUAUACUGAGUGAUUGCAUGUUGCUAUAGCUAAGUAUGCAGUAUGCCUACUUACAAUCAAUGUCUUAUUUUCACUGGAGGGUCUAAUGAAGGAGUGUUUCAGGGAGAGUGGCCAUAUGCAACAACAACAAAAAAUACACGUUUCCAAUUCACUCCUGCGUAUAAAUGAUGCACUUGUACGUGUGUGUGUAGUAGGACAAAUAUAAGCACCCACCAAAGAAGAAAAAAGAUUGAACCACAUUGCUACAUGAUCUUAUCGUAUGAAUAUAAACGUUUUUUUUUUUAUGCGCUAUCGUUCAUCAUGAAGCGUUUGUGUUGCACAACUCUGUUGACUUUGUAUGUCAACUCAAAAUGUAACAUCACUUUCAAAACACUAGAGGGCACGAGAGAGACUUGUAUUUAAACUCCUGACAAAAACCUACACGUAGUCUGUUUUCUAACAUUAAUUAAAGCACUAUUGAAAUAAAAUAUUUCCUGUUUGCUUUUUAA